CCUCCAUCGCAAAGCACAUCAAGAUGGCGACCCAAACAAAGCACGACUGGGCGGACGACGAGGAGCUAGAGGAGACGACGACAACCGAUCUGCCGCCGCAGCAAAAGAUCCAGAACAAGGACGGGACAUGGACCAUCAUCGACUACUAUUACAAUGAGGCCGGCAACAAAGUAAAGAGGACGCGGCGCGUCCGCUACGUGGUGCGGCGCGAGGUCGUCAACCCACGCGUAGCGGAGCGCAGGACGUGGGCCAAGUUCGGCGACGCGGCCAGCGACUCGCCGGGACCAAACCCCAGCACCACCACGGUCGGCGAAAACAUCAUCUUCGUGCCCUCGGUCAACUGGCGCAAGGAGGCCAAGGACGAAGCCAACGACCCCAAUGCCCAGGCCAUGAAGGACAAGCUCAAGGAUAAGAAGGUCAAGUGCCGCAUCUGCAACGGCGAGCACUUUACCGCGCGCUGCCCGUACAAAGACACCAUGGCGCCCAUCGGCGAGGCGGGCGCUGUCGACCCAGCGGCGGGCAUGGGCGACGAACCGAGCGCUGCGGCUGCUGCCGCCACGGGGGCCGCCGGCCCUGGAAAGAAGGGCUCGUAUGUUCCGCCUGCGCUGCGUGGCGAUCGGGCCGGUGCCCGGGGCGAGACCAUGGGUGGCAAGUAUGGCGAGCGGGACGACCUGGCCACGCUCCGGGUUACAAACGUCUCGGAGAUGGCCGAAGAGCAAGAGCUGCGCGACAUGUUCGAGCGGUUCGGCCGCGUCACCCGCGUCUUCCUGGCCAAGGACCGCGACACUGGCUUGGCUAAGGGCUUUGCGUUCAUCAGCUUUGCGGAUCGCGACGACGCUGUCAAGGCGUGCAACAAGAUGGAUGGCUUUGGUUUCAGGCACUUGAUUCUAAGGGUGGAGUUCGCGAAGAAGGCCGCUUGAGCGGACGGCACGGCGAGUCGGCUGGCGACAUUUGGCAUGGCACCGAGGGUCAGUGGAAUCCAGAAUGGGAAAGAGCCAAAAGCGGUCUGCGGUAUGGUUGGGCAGGUCAUUAUUGGGUUCUAUCUUCACGCACGAGUCUGGCAAUGAUAUCUUCUUAUGAUCUGACUUAGAGCCUAGCCAUAACAAGCCCCAGAAGAUCGUCGGAUCAGAUCUCUCUCAUAUCAUUUUCUUAAAUCCAUGGACCAUAGGGCAACAUGAAGCUAACGCACGUCCG